AUGGCUAGCUAUGUCUGGUGGUGGAGCUGGUGGUUCACGGUGGCGUUUAUCGGUUGUUUAUCGAUCCAGAAGCCGGUUUUUUCCGAGCCACAAACCAACCUGUUAGGCAAAGGAUGUAGUCAAUACAAUGCAACAGAUUUACCUGAUUUUUUCAGAAGACUUAAUGCAAGUUUUGAUGAUUUAAGAAACCAGUUGUCUAAUCAAGACAAGCGAUUCGCCACGACACAACAGGCUGUUUAUACUAUGGUUGAAUGCAGAAACUAUUUGUCAAAAGCUGAUUGUGUUUCCUGUUAUGAUGCUGCUGUUACUCUCAUCAGAACUUGCUCUGAUGCUAAUGGUGCUGGUGUUACCUAUGAUGGUUGUUUCCUCAGGUACGAGAGCAACAACUUCUACCAAGACACUACACUUCCAGGAAAUGCAGCAAUUUGUGGGAAUCGAACAGCUUCUCAGCCAAAUGCUUUAAAUCCUGUGGCACAACAACUUUUGAAUGAUCUUAGCAUGGCGACUCCAAGAAUUAGUGGCUUCUACGCAGCCACGAAGAGGGAAGUCGCUGGUGUUACUCUCUAUGGAGUAGCACAAUGUGCUGAAACCAUCACUAAAAGUGGCUGCCAAGAUUGCUUGACAGUGGCAUACAAAAACAUAGAAGGCUGCUUGCCUAAAUAUGCAGAAGGAAGAGCUGUAGAUGCAGCCUGUUUUAUGAGGUACUCGGAUAGAGACUUUUUCGCUGAUAAUAAGACAACAGAUAUCACACCAUUCCUAGGCGGAGGAGGAAGUUCAAACAAAAAGAAAGCCGUCAUUAUUGGGGAUGUAGUUGGAGGUGUAGGACUUCUUUUGAUUGUAUUGGCUUUGUUUUUAUGUAUCUACUGUUCAGGUAAUAUACUGGGAGCAACUGAGCUGGGAGGUCCAGUGAGCUACAGAUUGAAGGACCUAAAAAUUGCUACCCAAGAUUUCAAUGAAAGUAAUAAACUUGGUGAAGGUGGUUUUGGUGAUGUAUAUAAGGGCACUUUGAAAAAUGGACAUGUAGUUGCUGUUAAGAAACUAGCAAUUUUUUCAAGCAGAGCAAAGGCAAAUUUUGAGACUGAAGUUCGGCUUAUCAGUAAUGUCCAUCAUCGCAAUCUCAUCCGUCUCUUGGGGUGUUCUAACAAAGGAGCAGAUCUACUACUUGUUUACGAAUACAUGGCAAACGGCAGUCUCGAGAGAUACUUAUAUGGAGACAAACGAGGGAUGCUCAACUGGAAGCAACGAUUUGAUAUAAUCUUUGGCACAGCUCGUGGCCUUGCCUACCUGCACGAGCAAUUCCACGUCUGCAUCAUCCAUAGAGAUAUAAAAUCCAGCAACAUUCUACUAGACGACGAAUUUCAGCCAAAAAUUGCUGAUUUUGGGCUUGUAAGACUUUUACCUGAGGAUCAGAGUCAUGUCAGCACUAAGUUUGCUGGUACCUUGGGAUAUACUGCACCAGAAUAUGCAAUUCAUGGACAUCUAACAGAGAAAGUCAACGUCUAUAGCUUUGGGGUUGUCGUUCUUGAAAUAAUCAGUGGCAGGAGGAGCAAUGAUAUGCAGAUUGAGCCUGUCACUGAAUAUCUCCUUGAAAAGGUCGGUUUUCAUUUUCAAAUUCCACUUUUCCUUUCAUAUUUUACUAAGUAUUCUCUUCCAACUUCUCUGUCCCAUUCUAAAUGUACCUGUGCUAUGGUGAAAAUAGGCGUGGAAACUUCAUAAAACUGGCAUGCCUGAAAAACUGGUGGAUGAGACUUUAGACCCAAAUGAAUACAACGAACAAGAAGUGAAGAAAAUCAUAGAGAUUGCCUUAAUGUGUACACAAUCACCAGUAAAUCUUAGGCCAACCAUGUCUGAAGUUGUCGUAAUGCUACUUUGUGAUCAUGGCACAGACGCGAGACUCCUAGCAGGCCUACUAUCAUUAGCAUGGGUAAGAGUACACCAGCGGACUCACCCAUGACUACUGGAUCAUCAGCUUCUAACGCAACCAAUACUUUUUCUGAUUUCACUGGACGCUAGCUACAUAAGAGUAUACUUUAGACCUGAAAAUUAUGCUGGCACCACAGCAUCUGAAAAAA